AUGGGCAAAAAAAGCUCGAGGCAAGAAGAAAAAAAAGUCAGAGCCUCUGACUUUUCUAACUUCCAUACCUCCGAUUUCAGGCCUACAGGAUUGCACCAAAUAUUUGCCUCUUUUAACAAUAUCGCAACUUUACAAACAAACACAUCAAUAAAAUCAGAGUCUUCUACAAAAACUAAGGGAGUUAAUGCCCAAAGCUAUCCAACUAAAGAUGUGUCAGAGUCUCAAGCAGAUAUUUUAGCAAUACUAAAUAAGCUAACAAAAAAAGAUAGCAUAACAAAAGUAAAAGCAUUGGAAACAUUUAACGAAAUAGUAGAAAUCAUACCAGAAGAACUGCUGGAAGAGUUUAUAGUGGAUUUGAUACACAUAUUCAAGAAACUGGCAGUAGUGGAACCAGUCAAAAAAAUCCGAUUAGAAUUCGGAAUACUGCUUUCCAAAAUCUCUAAGAAAUUGAGAAAGAAACUGCAGAAUUAUCUUGAGAGCUUUAUUACAUACUGGUGGAUAUCUAUGCACGACGAGUCGCCAGAAAUUUCACAAGUUUAUUUCGAUUCCUUCAAAAACCUUUUCAGCACAACGCUUUCCGAAAGUGAAUUCGAACUGAAAACGCUUAAAAUUUUGGACUUCUAUCUGACAAGAAUAAUCUCAGAUUAUCUGGAAUGGCUCAAUAGAGAUAUGGAUAGUUACACAAAAGAGUGGAUAGAUACCUUUGGUAAGUCAGCGCAAAACAGCGCAACCACAGCGGAUAUGCAUAACAGAUUAUUCUAUUCAAUUUCACACUCACUCAAGAAAUUAUUUGAAUACGUUAGAGUUCAUAGAAAUGAUUAUACAUUUGUUCUGGAUGGUUUGAUAAAUAGCGAAUUCAUCUCAAGAGUUAACGAAGUUUACAAAUCACCGUCAUUUAAGAAAAAACUAUCAUGCCUAUUAAUGCUGGUUGAAAUGGUUAAAGUCCUGCCAAAGAAGACAUAUAACCACCUGGAAACUAUCAUAUCAAACUGUGUAACAAGUUUGAAGAAGGAUACUGAACCCUCACUUAUAUACCACAGCGUGAGGUUGAUAUGUGCGUGUACCAGAGAAAAUAAUAGUUGCAUAACAUCAUUUCUAGCAAACUAUGACGACCUGGUAAUUUCAAUUCUGAAAAACUUCAAUGGAGGAUACUCAAACAAGAUUGAUUUGUACACACUGUUCCCAUCGCUCUACAUGUAUCUAGACGUUGAGUAUUUUAAAAAAUACCCUGAAAACUUCGAUAAUGUCCUGAAUUACCUGUGCGACUUGAUGCAAACGGAAGUGUCGAACCUGAAGAGAAACUCAUACACGUUUGAUUUGGACCUGUAUAGAAACAUGGGAACGAGCAUGUUAUGCUCAUUUUACAAACUACUCUUGCUCUCAAAACUAAAAUCGGUACAUUACAUUACAUUGCCGUUAAAAAAAAUGACGCCAAUAAAUGAUAAAUCAAGAGAUUUUUUAUGGUACUAUCACAUAGUGAUGACAGAGUACCUUCUGGAGUCAAAUUUGGAUAAAGAAGACUUUUUCCAAGAUUUUUUAAAGGAGUUGUUUUCAUAUUCUGAGUCUAACACUGUGUUAGUUACGUUGAUUGUAGAUAACAUUUAUUCGAAAGUGGGAGAUACGAUGAAUGAGGUGUAUCCAGAAUUUCAGAGUGUAUAUAAUCAUCUAUUGGAAAAUGUAAAAACAAAAUUCGUUGAAAACCUGGUCCAACAUUUGGAAAAUCAAGCAGACCUCAGUCUGGAUAUAGACCAAAUGACUCAAUUGCUCAGGAAAAGUACAAUAAAACUGCCAAAUGAAAUACCAAUGAUCAUAUUCAAACUCGAAUCACGCUCAGAUUUUGUCAAAAAAUACACUUUUUUGUUGGAAGUUUACAAAAAACUAGAGUGGAACGAUCUGGGUGGAACAUUAGAGGUAGAACUGGACAACAAAUUGCAUCUUUUCUACUCAGCAGUACUAAUGGAAAGGAACCCAAAGUUAGUAUUACAAGUGUUUGAGAAAAAAUUCUGUUUGCAAGAUAAGAGGACAUUUUAUAUGCUAAACGAAGUGGUAAAUCUAUGUAAUAGUCCAGAAACUUCAGAAUAUUUGGUUCAAUUGGCAAGGGAGCAUCCGAACCUUGACCUUUUGGAUAGCAUUUUCCAACGUGUGGACCAUAGUCUUCUGACCGGAGAAAAUAAAACUGUUUAUGAAGUUCUUUUGGUUUUGUAUCAAUUGUAUGAAUGUAAAAAGGUGGAAUUUUACCAAAACUAUGACAAUAAUCUAGUUGAAACUAUCCUAACAGUAUACUUAAAUGCAGUUUUAAGGAAACAGAUGUAUGAUUUCGGUGUAUUCGCAACGUUUGUCCUGGAACAGUUUUCAAAAAAUACAGAUUCUGAAGUUAAAUUGGAAGAACCACACAUGAAAAAGCUCAGAGAACUCAACCCUGUGGAUUUGGAAGAUUUUGAAAAGUUUUCAAAAAAUCUAGGAACAAUUCUAGGGAACCUCUUUGAAACAGAAUUUGUGACUAAAGUACUCAAAAAAGCUAGAAAAUUAGCAAAAGAAGAUGAUACAAAAAUAUUGGAAAGGAGGUCUUAUCACUUGGUAGUCAACUUGUACCUUGACUCUGAUGAAUCAAACAUUGAAGUUGACGAGUUUUUGGACUUGUUUUUGGGAACAUUUGUUAGUUCUGAACCUGAUUCAUGGGUAACAGUACAUGAAGAUUUCAUAAAUAUAGCAAAUAAAUAUGGGUUCAAAAAUGAGGAGACGAUGCUAAGAUUCAUCAAGAAAAUGCUAAAUAAGAUUAUGGAACAAAAAUACACAUCUCUUACAGAACUGAAUAGGACAGUUGGAUUGUUCCAGUACUUUUAUAAAACACUCAGAAGUUAUCUAAGGAAACACCACGAUCUAGUCUGUUUCAUCAAAUCAAACUUCUGCAAGAAUCUAACGGCACCAUACCUGUUAUCUGCCUUGUAUUCAGUAGAUACUAUUUCGGAUCAUGAUAUUAUAUGUGAAAUCAUUGAAUUUGGGAAGUUUGUUGAAAAUAAAAGAAAAUCUGAAAUAAGUAGAUUAGAAAAGCCAGAUACAUACACAUUUUUGAAUUAUAUAACAUUAGUCACACGUUUGCUCACAAAUUACAAGAAAGUCAAUAAAAUUGGUCAAUUGGAGUCAGAAGACCCUUUUAAAAUGUUCAAUCUCCCAUUAAAAAAUGCCAAUAGUCAUGAUUCAACUCCCCAUAAUCACAUCGAUAACAAAUCAACAAAUUCCGAAAGUGUCGAAAAUUUUUUAAAUUCAGAACAAUUUCAACAAAAUAGAUUUUUUUCAAACCUAUUCUCACUAUUUUCCUCAGCAAAUUUAGAAGAAACAGUAGAUUUCUUCUGGGCUCACCUGUCACUGUUCAAGUUUCUAUCACUCUUCUCAGUAGAUAUACACAAAAAUUAUAAAGAUGAUAUCAGUACUAAUAUUUCUGGUUCUCUUGCAAACCUAUAUGGUAGUCUCGCUCUUCACGGUGUUUCGACGAGCCUCAUUUCCACGCUUAUCAAUUUUCAAGUAGAACAAGGAUAUGUGUCGGAGUUUAAUUUCUUAGUUUCUCCAGAUGCGGAACAUUUUUUUAAACAUGCUAAUAGAUCGGAAUUUGAUUUGUACAAAGAGUUUACCAAUCUCAAAAUCACUAAAGAGGCCUACGAUCCUAAAUCCCUGGUAACCUGGCUGAUCCUGUGUCUCAAAUAUGGACAGGAAUCUUUGAAACUAGAAGAUUCAGAUUCUGUACCAGAUUUCUCAAGAAGCGUAUCACUUCUUCUGAGGAGCAUAAAUUCAUUGCAACCCAGUUCAUACUUCGUGAACGUAUACGCAGCAAGUCUGUGGAACUGUAGAGUAUUUUAUCCAUCGAUCUCAGAAGUGGGAAUAUUCUGCAACUUCCCAAACCAUAAUUACGUCUGCGUAAUAGAUAACUUCCCAGAAUGGGAUUUCUUCCACGAUUUAAACAGCUGCAAGAUCGAUUUCUUCAAGUUGCUGUACGCAUUCAACAAUUAUUCACAGAAUACAGUGGAGCUGGAAGAUAAUGAAUUGGAUGAAGAAGAACUUACAAUCAAUGAUUUGAGCGAAGAAGUGGAAUCAGAAGUAGUAGAUGCUCAAGAAAGCAAAGAGGAUCAAGCAAGUCAAAGUGACGAGGAACAGAAGGAACCUGAGCAUAAUAUUAUAGAUGUUAAAAAUUCAUAUGAUAUAAUGAAGUUGUAUUUUUCCAUGAUAAUAGGACCGUAUUUGACUAGUAAAAUAAUGAGGACAUACAAAUACCUAGAAGGAGGAGACUCGCAAGAGAUUGAAAAGUGCCUAAUAUGCUGGCUUACAGUAUUUAACCUACAAGGAAGAUAUAAGAAGUUAGGAAACCUAAAUUGCGCAAACGCAAUGGUGAAAUUGCUUACAUUAAAGCCAAAUGAAUUCACAGAAUAUAUUGAUUCAUUCCAAGAUAACUUAGCAGAGGCCAUUUGUGAUUCAUACCAUGAAAUAAACAACAUGUCAUUCUUCUAUUCAGAACAGUUCAAACUCUACGAAUUGUACGAAGACGAAUUCUAUACAGGAGAGUUCUAUAAAAGUAGCCUCCUGGACCUUUUCCUCCAAUUAUUGAUACUGUGUCUGGAGAAAAUGCUGAUCAAGGACGAAGAGUUCUGCCAAACAGUUAAGUUAGUGUACUAUAAAGUAGCAAAGAUAUUCCCAAUGCAAGUGUCUGAAAUGUGGAACAACUGCAAAAACACGUAUGUAAAGAAAAAUAUCAAGAAAUUCACAAAACAUGAAGUCACACAAAAAUUAGUUAAAGACGAACUCGACACAAUAAAAGUGCUAGCAAACGACUUAACAGUUUUUUAUGAUACAAUUAAGAGGGAAGUUACAGCCAAGUUGCUAACGAAAAAUGAAAUCACAGCAAAGAUAACAAUAAAGGUGCCCUCAGCAUUCCCAUUGGAACCCCUGACCUUCGUUUCACAAGAGAAAAAAAAUCACAAAUGGAUAGUCUAUUCACACUCAGAAGCAAAUAGAAGCGGAAUAACACAAGGACUCCUACUAUGGUAUAACAACGUAAUCAAAUAUUAUCAAGGAAUCGAUGAAUGCCCAAUCUGUUACUCAAUAGUCCAUGCACAGUUCCAGUCAAUACCAACAAAAUCAUGUAAAGUAUGUAAAUACAAGUUCCAUAAAGAGUGUUUAUUCAAAUGGUUCAGAAAUGCAGCCAAGGCCAAAUGCCCAUUGUGCCAAUCCCAAGUAUCAUUCCUGUGA